AUGUCCCUGCUGACACUCAUUCCACUUUGUGACACUUCCUGUGUGCAGCUCAUCUACGAGAGCUUCACCAGGUAUCUGGUGGAGCAUAAGGGAUACGACAAAGACCUGCUGGAUCUAACUCCUGCCACAUGGGAUUUCUGUUUUAAAGGUUUAGUUGUGGAUCUGGAGGACGGGAACCUUGUGAAGUUGGCUGAGGAUGGGACUGUCUUACGAGCGACACAUGGAACCAAUGACCUUAGUACAGAAGAAAUCAUCAAGCACUACGGCCCCAAAAGGGAAUGGAAGCACUUCAACAGCCUGAGUACCUCCUUUACAAGAUCUGCAAAAUACUAUUUCUAUGACAAUUACUUUGACCUGCCAGGGGCUCUGCUCUGUGGAAGAGUUGUGGACAUGUUGCACAAGCGAGGAAAUGAAGUGAAUUCGGAUUUUUGGAAAGACAUGGGGGACCAGGUGGACCAGAAGGGCCAGGGAGACCAUCAUGGCCUCUCUCACCUGGAAUGCCAGGGGCGCCUUGAGGGCCAGAAAUACCCUUUGAUGUUUGACCAGCGGGACCAGGGACGCCAUUUGCACCUGGGGAGCCUGGGGGACCAGCAUGGCCCGCUGAACCCUUUGGACCUUGAGCACCAUUAUGACCUGGAAUUCCAGGAGGACCUACUGCUCCAGGAUGAAACCCUGAGCUCCCUGCUCCCCCUUGGUUCCUCUUGGGCCUGGUGCACCUACCAUACCAAUAUCACCUUUGGGUCCCACUGGACCUGUCUCACCCUGAAAUCCUCUUGCACCCUGUGGACCAGCUGGGCCCAUGGGACCAGGACCACCUGGCUGACCAGUAAAUCCUGUUGGGCCAGGCUCUCCUUUCUGACCUGUGGUUCCUGGGGUACCGGGGGUUCCUCUGCUUCCUGGUAUUCCUGGUUCACCUGUUUUGCCAACACCUGGCAUGCCAGGGGAUCCUGGCUGCCCAGCAGGACCCUGUGGACCCUUGGGGCCAAUAGGUCCAGGCGUACCUGGGGUUCCAUUCUGGCCUGGUUUUCCUGGUGCUCCUACACCUGGAGGCCCAGUGUGAUCCAUCUCUUCCUGGCAUGCCAGCCUUACCAGGUUCCCCAGGAUAUCCAGGGGUACCAGGCUUGCCGACUCCUGGUUUGCCUGGCAUACCAGAUGGGCCCAUUGGUCCAGAUGGACCUGAUGGGAUACCAGGGACACCAGGGUGUCCCUUUAGACCAGGUUCUCCUCUUGGACCCAUUGCACCGGGGAUCCCAGCUGGUCCAGGUUUUCCUACGGCUGAUAGUCCAGCAGGUCCAGGUGUUCCAGGCGUACCAGGUGGACCUCUAUGACCCAUUGCUCCAGUUGCACCAGGUGCACCUCUCUCCCCGGGGAUGCCUGGGGUACCAGGUUUUCCAGGGCCACCUGGGGUGCCGGGCUUACCCAUUUGGGAGUGGCCUGGGGUUCCUGGAGCUCCUGGUGGGCCCCUCGGUCCUGUGUGUCCAAUACCUUUUUCGCCAGGAGGUCCCAUUGGUCCCAUUGGUCCGGGUUCACCAGGAGGACCUGGAGGACCUGGGUGCCCUGCAACAGCUGGGAAGCAAAAAAACAGCAUCUGAUGAACUAUUCAGCCGGCUGGACUCUGCUGCGCAUCCCAGAGACACCGGAGACCAAAAGGAUGGAGGGGGAGGGGCCGGCCGUCAGAAUGAUGAACUCCCGAUUCAACAGACACAACAGGAGCUGAGAGAGGAGGUUACCACCGAUGCCUACGGUACGGGACGCUGGGGCUGGCACCGGGAUGGCCAGCAGGAGGAAAACGGCUUUUCCAAAACUCCACACAGACAGAGAGAACCAGAUGGAGAAAGAGGAGACAGGGAGAGAAGGGAGGACCGUCCCUGGGACUGGCGUCCGGGGGACAUAGCACCCAUCAUUAAAUAUGACAUCAGAGCAGGGAGGGCCUCCAUGCAACAGUGGCUCAAAACAAAGAUCUUCUACUACAAUCUUCACAAGAUGGACUUGAGGGUAACAAGCGUUCUUCUCGUCCUCCUGGCUUUGGCCCAGGCAACCCCCCACUAUUCACCCAAAGUGGCCAAGACGCCCUACCCCGUCAAGAGCCACGAACCUGCUCACAAUAAAGACAAGCUGCUGGCCAAACUCUGA